UUGACUCAGGCUUUCGAAUUCCUUCCUUCUGGCUGUUCUUGGGGACAGAAAUGCUCUGGGGAAGAAUUUUCUGGUAGUUCAUGGAGCUUCCAUUCACCAACCUGGAAAUUGCCUUCAUUUUGCUGGCUUUUGUUAUUUUUUCCUUAUUUACGCUAGCUUCCAUCUAUACUAACCCUGACGAGAAGAAUGAAGGUGAGGAAGGAAGGAAGGAAGGAAGGAAGGAAGGAAGGAGAAAGAGAGAAAGAGAAAGAGAAAUUAUUGCAGAGGCUCUUGGAUUUGAGGCUCUGUCCAUAUGUUCUCUUCAUGUUUUAUAA